UCUGCCUGCAGCUUGCUUAUCACUCGACCCUCCACUGUGCCUCCCGUGCAUUUAACUGGACCGCUGCGGGCACUGCCAACAAAAAUCCUCAGGCCACCGGCAUCACGCCGACUGCAGCCCAAAUUUCCAGAUAUAUAAAGAUCGACCGUUUUGCGCUGCAUUCGCAUCCGAAUUUCAGAUUGCGCGUCUGUGUGUUCUCAUACCCACCAUGUCCCACCGAUGGCCGGCCGAACCGGUCAUGGAUCCUCAAUAUGCUCGCAGGCGAGCGCCGCCUAUGGAGCAGGCAAGCAAUGCUGCGUACACCCAUAGUCGCUCGAGGACGACUUCGUCGAACACGUUUCCCACAGGCAUGCCGGCGCACUAUCCCCCGAAUCCAUACCAGCCGCAGACUCACCUCGCCGAGCCGCAGAUGAACCAUCAGCGCCGCUCGCCGAGCGUCAACACAUUCAGCAGCAUUUCCAGCGGCGGGAUGGCACCGCCAGCAGCUUAUGGGACGCCGCCGACAUUGGAUAUCCGGAGAUCCACCUCGAGCCGCUCCGGCGGCGCCCCUGGUUCGCCGCAGUCCAGCGGCUAUGUCGCGCUGCUCAGGAAACAGAAAGCCACAGUGUGGUGCGAUCGCGCUCAAUACGAGGACCCACGAUUACUGGCGCAACAACGGGCGGCCAAAAUGCGGGCCAACCUCGCAGUUGUUGGGGGCAGCGGCUUGGGGAUUGGAGGCGUGAGCUCCGGGCGCACCUCUACUGGGCUUAGCUCAACCGGUGGCAAGGUCGCGGCCAAAAUCCGCCACCACGGGAAGCCUACUGUUAUCGGCUACUCCCCUGGCAGCAACUACAAUGGAAUCGGUGGUGUCCCUCUCCGGCUCAGUGCGACUGAGGUAGAGGGCGAGGAGAGCGAAGAGGAUGACGCGGCCAUCCAACAACGGCUACACCACCGCCGGACGGGCAGUUCUGGGAGGAACAGCAUCGCGAGCGGCAGAAGAACGACCCCAUAUCGUUCAUCCGGAGGCCUCGGGACCACGGCUACGCAACACAGUGGAUCAACCAAGUGGAGCCCUAGCGACACGCCUGAAAGGUCAGGGUCCAUGGUUGAAGAUAAGCCGGGCGAGCAGGCACUCGCAGGAGAUGACGCUCGCAGUGGGAAAGCCAGGAGCUUUGAGAGCGGCAGCAGCGGCGAGCGGCUGGACAAUGUGCCGGAACUUACCACUGGCAACACGACGCAUUUCGCGAAUCAUAGCAUGAAGCAUGCCACGGUGACACGUGAGAAGAGCGUGAAGAGUAUCGACGAGUUGAAACGACGGGGCAGUGUGGACGAGCGGGCGAUGAGUUUGACCGCGGGCCGGCUGUACAUUGCGAACCCGGAUUAAGGGAUGAACGCCUAUUCCGAUCGCUUCAGAUUACGCAUACACUUCAAGGCGCGGGAGUUCAAAGUCUGGGUUGGACGGGGCUGUGA